AUGGCAACCAUCGUCGAAAGUGGCCCGAGUGCAAGACCAGAGACCCGCGAGAAUGACGGUGACGCUUCUUCAAUAUCUAGUAGUUCCUACAUGGGCAGCGAUUCACCCGACCGCGACCCAACUACACGUCAGCGGGAGACCGGCGGUGAUGGGGACCAAGAGCAAGUUGGCGAGCGCUCCGCCGAGCCAAUAAGUACAACAGAGCGAGUUGCCGGCGACACUGGCAACAAUCUGGACGCGGAUGCGGAUACACAGGAUCCACCGACAGAAGAGCCAUCGACAGAGGAGCCCCCGACAGAGGAGCCACAGGCAGAGGAGCCACAGGCAGAGGAGCCACAUGCAGUCUCGCAAGAGAUCGUUACAGAUGCGUUGCAAGCCGUACCGGCAAGUUCGGAGGCUUUGGACAUCAACACCACAGAAGAAACUUCCAGCCCAGUGCCGGAUGAAUCUGCCUCAACACGCACUGCACCUCCGGUGCUCGAAGAUCCAGGUGCAGUUGUGCAUGGCGCUUUGGAAACCGGAGUAGUUAGGGGUGAGGGUGAUUCCUCCUUGUCGACCACGCCGCAGGUAGAAGAAGCUGCUCGCGAACCAGCUUCGAGACAGCCAGAAGCCCCUCAGGACACGGAGACACACCCUACUACCCCAAGUGCAGUUUCUCCACAGCAAGAUGCCCUUGUAGCAGCACACGCCGCUGCUCAACCAGAAGGACCGUCAGGGCAGGACGCCACGCGCGCCCGAGCAGGGGCUUCACCUCGGCCGGAAUCUCGAUCAUUACUGGACGCACUAGAUUCAUCUAUACCCGCUAAUUCUCAACGGUCUUCGCAUCGGACCUCAGGGACAGGACGACGAGGGCCAGUCAUAGUGUAUGGUGGCUACAGAUCGAGGCCCAGUGCUCGCGGCUCGCCACAACCACCAGCACAGGCCGUGCGUUCUAUGCUGCUCCCAUCACAAGAACCGCCAUUACCAGCCCGACCACCCACGCCACCUCCUUUGCCCCGGGACCCCGUUCCGACAACGUCAGCUAAUCAGCCAAGGAUCGAGAUAAGUAGCCCCGAAGGCGAAGUAGAUGGCGAUGCGGCGGAGAGAAGCCCAUCUGGCACUGGUGUUGUCCUGCCCCGAUGGCAACCAGAUGCCGAGGUCACCAUAUGUCCGAUAUGUCGCACACAAUUCGGCUGGCUCAAUAGGAAGCACCACUGUCGAAAAUGCGGCAGGGUGGUUUGUAACUCUUGCUCGCCCCACCGCAUAACGAUCCCCUAUCAGUUUAUCGUCCAGCCUCCUGGCACGCCACAAAGAUCGCCAUCCACUCUCCCUGUGGACAGCCCAGGAGGCUAUACAGACUUCAACAGCCUCGGCGGUGGCGAGCGCGUGAGGCUCUGCAAUCCUUGCGUUCCCGAUCCUAAUACGUCGCCACCCCAACCUCACCCGUCUGUCCAUCGGGCUAGGCACUCGAGGUCACAGAGCGGCUUUACCAGUGCUGUAGGGAUUGACCUACGCAGAGGCCCUAUGCAUGUUUCUACUUCUGGUCCUAUCGAGAAUGGGGGCAGGAGCGCGCCAGUAAAUCGAGGUCUUAGUCCGACUGGGGGCAUACAAAGCAGAACGAUUUCGGCCACAUCACCGGCUUUGGGGCUUCCCGCAAGGCAGCGAUCGAUAUUUGACAUCCCGCCCUCGGAAGACCCAGCAGACUCCUCACCUUCAUCUUCUCGAACACGCCAUCAUAACCGUCGCAGCCUGCCCCCUGUUCCUCGACAGCCCUCACCGGCGCGGCGGCGACAGCCAAUUCCGGAGGAGGACGAGUGUCCCGUGUGUCACAACGAGUUGCCCAGUCGAACUCUUGCUAAUUUCGAGGCACUGCGCGAAAGUCACAUUACCAAUUGCAUCAUGUCGCAUAGUACGUACGGCGGAUCACCGGCUGCGGUUGUCUCGCCGACGAGCGUCGGGUCGACGGGCGAGGGUCCCUCGUCACCGCCGGGAGUGUUCAGACCAACCGUUAGACGCACGGGUAUGUUUCCGUACGUUGCUACGGAGAAGGACUGCGUCGACUCGGCUGAGUGCACCAUUUGUCUCGAAGAGUUUGAGGUCGGGGUGAUGAUGGCGAGACUGGAGUGUCUCUGUCGAUUCCAUCAUAGGUGUAUCACGGCUUGGUUUGUUGGACACCCUGGACGAUGCCCUGUGCAUCAGCAUGAUAGUUUUGGCUUUUAA